AUGGCAAACAGUACUGGCAGGAGCACUGGAAGGGAUGAGAUUCCAUCUCGGAUCCUAAUGGGAUGUGUCUUUGUGCUGCUUAUUUUGUGGACGCUAUUUGGAAACUUCACCGUUUGCGCAGCAGUUUUGCGAUUCCGACAUCUGAGAGUCAAAGUCACAAAUAUCUUUAUUGUUUCCCUGGCUUUAUCCGACCUGUUGGUGGCCGUAUUGGUGAUGCCCUGGAAGGCGGUGGCUACGGUCUUGGGUCACUGGCCAUUCUGGAAAUUCUGUAACACAUGGUUGGCUUUCGACAUCAUGUGCUCUACAGCUUCCAUUCUUAAUCUCUGUGUAAUUAGUCUGGACCGUUACUGGGCCAUCUCCAGUCCGUUCACAUACGAAAGAAACAUGGACAAGAAAAUAGCCCUCAUUAUGGUCAGUAUGACUUGGACCGUGUCAGGCGUCAUCUCGUUUGUCCCGGUUCAGCUUAACUGGCACAAGGCAGAGCAAGAGACAACUGAAGUGGUGACAAGCCAAACUAUUGAUAACUGUGAUCCGAGUCUUAGCAAGACGUACGCUAUAUGGUCCUCGAUGAUCAGCUUCUAUAUUCCUGUGGUUAUUAUGAUUGUUACUUACACAAAGAUCUAUCAGAUUGCUCAUAAGCAAAUACAAAAGAUAUCCUCUUUAGAACGCGCCGCUGAGCAUGCUGUUAACUGUACAUCUAGCGAGUUUCCUUGUCCCCACCCGAAAGCAGUAAAGUUGUCAAAAGAAACCAAACUCCUCAAAACGUUGGCCAUCAUAAUGGGUGUAUUCGUGUGCUGUUGGUUCCCUUUCUUUGUCGUGAAUUGUACGGUGCCGUUUUGUCAGGAGCCACAGAAUGACGAACCAAAGUGUGUGAGUGAGACGACGUUUGAAGUGUUCAUGUGGCUUGGAUGGUGCAACUCAUCUUUGAAUCCGAUCAUUUACGCGUUCAACACGGACUUCAGGGAAGCAUUCGCACGCCUUUUGGACUGCUGCGGCGUCUGUAGCAGCGAACCACCGGGGACACUGGUCAUGAGCCAACAUGCGUCCAACAAUCAGAACAGUUCGUUGAACCUUGCUGUUUCAUAUGUUAACAUGGGGCUGUAUAUUCAACCUGCGUAG